AUGAUUUCUCUUCAAUUUCUCUCAUUUUUCACAGUUUUUCUUACUGUAACACCGGUCACUGCAGAUUGUAAGUUAUUUACUUAAAUUUUCAAAUAUUUGAAGUAGUUUUUACAAAGUUUUAUGGCCAUAGCACGGCCAAUAAUCCAUUUCUGACCGACCGACUUUACUCUUUUAACGCCCAUUCUUUGGAGACACUUCAUAGAUAAUGCCGAAAAGCCUCUGAUACUCCAUAAUCUGAUUCUCUCCCACUUUUUUGCCUCAGGAGAAAUAAAAAAAGUAAGAGAAAGUAAUUGUAAAAAGAGUGACCAAUAAGAAGGAGGGGAAGGGGAAGUACGCUUAUGUGACAAUUGGAGAGAAAAGAGGCUAAUUUGAGAGUACAAGUAUGCAGAGGACGGAAGGGAGGAUUAUUUGCGAAGGAGGAGCUCUCUUCUGCAAUAUAAAAAUAUUUGGAAAAAGAUGAACAAGUGUUUAAAAAGCCAAAAUGUUGCAUAAAAUGAAUAAAAAUACCUUCCAGCGUCAUCCGAAUGCUUUGACCAGCAAUAUUCAAAUCAUAUAGCCGACUUCCGAGCGUUGCACACCAUCCAGAGGAUAGCUGUGGUCGCUCCAUUAUCUGCAUUUUAUGUUCACGUGGAGAUAACUGAUGGGGCAGAACAAGUUGUCAAACGAGAGAACGGGGAACCCUUGAUUGUCUACUCCUCCAUAUCAUCAGCUUCUAUCGAUUGGCAAUCAUUAAAUGUACUCGCAAGGGCUGUGCGGGUUGUGUCAGUCUUUGAUGACAAGGAUGACAUUUCUCCUGUCAUCAUCGUCACUGCUUGUCCAUAUCGUAAGUUGAUUAAAACGAAAAAUAUUAGAUGACUUACUCAAAAUAUUAUUUAUUACUGCAGGAACUCGACCGGUAUAUCUGGAUGCCCAACCUUUUGCCGUGGACGCAUAUCGAGUCGGGCUUGUGUCCAUGUAUGAAAACGAAUUGGCCAUCGUCUUUCGGACAUUCGAAGAUGGAAUUUUCUUCUUUUCCAUGGCCGAUCAAGGGGAUAUGCUGGUGGCUCAGCUUGUUUCUGGUCGGGUCGAAUGUCUUUUCGAUUUUGGAUCACUUUCACGGUAAGACUUGCUUUUUUCAUUAGAUGACUUUCAAUUUCUAGCGCCUCAAUUACCGGUGGCCGCGCAUUAAAUGACGGGGAAUGGCACGAACUCCGAUGGACUCAUCAAUUUGAUUCCGUCCAGUUAUUCAUCGAUGGAGUUCUUGUAAAUUCCACAGUGCCCUCAGGGCUCUAUCGAAAGCUUGACUUUAACUUCCAAGUUGAGGUCGGAGGACGGCCGGAAGAUCAGUAUUCGGCCGAGAUUGAGACCAGUUUUCAUGGAUGCCUGGCUAAGGUUAGCCAAAUUAAGAAGAGAUAAUUGCAUUGUGUGACCUUAGUAAUGCUGACACCUACAUUUUAGGUAAUGUUGAACAAUGUCGAUCUACUUUCGAUGGCGCCGAAGACAGCCAGAGAUUGUCAAAUGCCGAAACCUCAGAUUUUAUCCAUCAGAUCGGGCUCUGUUCAGAUACCGUACUCCUUUUUACCUUUUGCUUUGGAAUUCAGAAUUUUAUCAGGACCGACUCCAGUUUUGUCAAUUUUGGAUUCGAUGAAUGGAACUUUGCUGGAAUUACGAGUAGAUGAACACAGUCAUCUUAUAUUGGAGGCUGAUGCAAAACAACUCAAACAACUGUCCACUCCAGGUAAACUACAAGAAUUACAUUUUGAAAUUAUGUAAUUUUUUUAUUUGUCAUCCUUUUUUACUUAUAGCUGUCGAUGUGACCGAUGGAAGUUGGCAUGCUUUAUCCGUCAAACUCCGAGGUGGUCGUCUUGAUGUUGAUGUGGAUGGUUACACCGUCCUAUGGUUGGAAGGUUCGCUUGUCCGUAAGAUCGGCCUCAAAAUGACGUCAUUCCGAAUUUCGGCGGCUGGUUGUUUUCGAUCAGCCACAGUUGACUUGAAGAGUGCAUCGCUUGUGAUGGGUGACAUUAUCCGAGAUAAAUGCGGAUACAGUGACAAAUGUCUGCCAAAUCCAUGCGAAAAUAAUGGGAAAUGUCUGCAGGUGGAUUUGGAUAAGUUCAAAUGUGAAUGUACUUCACAAUAUACAGGAACUUAUUGCCAUACUUGUAAGUACAACGAUAUAUUCAAUUAUUUUGUAAAUCUGUUUCAGCUCUUCUUCCAAGGUCUUGUGAAGACCAUUACAAUCGAAAGAAGGCCCAAUCUAGUGGAUUGCCAUCUCUGUUUGGCAAACUGCGGCCUCAUUAUUCCGGUCCAAUCAACAAUAUCACCAUCGAUCUUGAUGGUGGAGGCCCUUUAAAGCCGUUGAAUGUCCUGUGUUCCCAUUUCAAUGACAAUUCCCAAGCUGAAUCUACAGUUCUUGAGCACAAUGUAGUCCAAGGAGUGUAUGUGACAGGUCCAACAGAGCCCGGAGCUGUCCGCCGAGGCCUCGAUUAUGGUGUUGAUGGAGAAGAAUUGGACCGGUUUAUUGAUGGAUUUGAAAGUUGCAAGCAAUUCAUGAGGUUUGAAUGUCAAGGCGGAGCCAAGUUGAUGUCCUAUGGACAAGAAAGACGGCCUUCUACUUGGUAUGCGACUAGAAAUGGGCAACAUGGACUGCAAUGGGCAGAUGCCCCGCCCUUCUCGAGGAUGUGUUCCUGUGCCAUCAACUCUUCUUGUAGUCAUAAUAAGAUGUGUAAUUGUGACAGUGGAAGAGAUGGGAUCGAUGAGGGAUACAACACUCACUCUCAGUUGUUACCAAUUAUGCAGCUAUAUGUUGGCGGAACACAACAGUCGAGCUCUGUUAACAUCAGUGUGGGACCUUUGAGAUGUCAGAGAAGACGUAAGGAAAAGAUUUACAAUAUUUAUGAUAUUGGUUUAGAAGUGUAUGAGACAGUAACUUUUAUCGAUCGUAAUCAGAAUGUUGUCGGAACCCAAUCCUUUGGACUGGGUACUGUAUUCGACAUCUACCUUCAAGUCCGCUUUUCCCAUUCUCAAAUGACAAUUUUUACAUGGGAGUCUGCGAAUGGGGAAAGAUGGUAUCAACUGUUUGUGAGAGGUCGGUUUGACUUUUAUUUCAGACUUUCCGCGCCUUGAACUACGUACAUAUAUGAGUAUGACUUUUAGAUGGUAAAGUGGUGGGCCAAAUAGUAAAUGCUGGCAGAUCCCAUGAAAUUGUGAGCGAUGUCAAUAUAAACGACAACGAAUGGCAUACCAUAUAUUGGGAGGCUGAUCCUCAAACAGCCAAAUUGGUGGUGGAUAGGCACGAGAAGACGGUAUCCGCGUUCUUUAUUCUGCCUGAUACAUUUACAUUCAUUUUGGGAAGUAGAACUGGCCGAGGAAAUGCUGGAUAUGCGGGUAAGUCUAAAUUUAUUUUGAUAGUAUACUGUAUUGGGUUCUAUUACUUUAAGAUGACUUAUAAACCCUUCUUUAAGGUCAAAUACGCGGCUUAUAUCUUUGUGGCAAAGAGAUUCAGAUCGCCCAAUUGGUUCGGAAAUUGAAUCCAAUGGGUGUUCAAAUCGGCGAUACGGGUUAUUGCAGGAUGAAUAGAUGUGCAAAUGGGGCCAAUUGUGUGGAGUAUUACGACAAUUACAAGUGUAAUUGUUCGAUGACUCCGUUCAGUGGGGAACAAUGUGACCAAGGCAAGUGUAAUAUAAAAUUUUGCCCAUAAAUUGCUCCUAACUAUUAAAUGUUUUACUUACAGAAGUCGGAAUGUGGAUUCCGACCGGUUCCUCACUCCAAAUUCCUUGGCAACAUCCAGCUCAAGUCGCCACUUGUUACCGGAUUAAUGUCCAGACCGCCAUUUCCAAUGUCUCGUUGAUCAGAGCCCGUGCUCUCUUUGCCGAAUCGGCUUUCAACAUGAGUAUUGAUAUCACUGGUCAUCUGAAUAUUCGGAUAUUUGAUGGAUUCUUUUACUCCAAGAACUUGACUGAUCAGAAAAUUAUAAUUUCGGAUGACAAAACCAAAGACAUUGAGUUCUGUGCCAAUCGACAGCAUUUCAAUCUCUCCGUAAAUGCCGAACAAAUCUUUUCCCUCGAGGGGAAUUUCACUUUCUUCAUUAACCUAAAUCAAUGGAGGCUUAUCAGUACGAGUAAGUUUACUUGCAUUUAACAUAACAUCCUUUUAGACUUUACUGGAUGCAUUUCGCGCCUUCAAAUCGGCUCUAGUUUUCCGUUGAAGAAUCCAAAUGGCUCAAGAAUGAAAUAUUCAGGGAAGAUCAAGUUCGGGUCCUGUCCUUUCGAUCCUUUGUAAGUCUAAAAUUUAUUUCGAUGACGUCAUUUUAGACAAUAUCAACCAAUCGAAGAGCCGGAUGAGAAGCCUUCCGAGAUUCAGAUUAGUUCUGUGAUAAAGAACCAACAGAAAUUGCUGAUCAUUACACGUAAGUAAUAAAAGUAAAAUUGUCUUUCACCGGGAAGAUAGGUGUUUGAUAGUAUAUUAUUUUAGCGGCGAUUGGUAUAAUAACCGCGAUUUUCUUGGCCGUCUUGCUUUGCAUUGUGAUAUGUUACAUCAGAUCAAGACCAGAUGGAGUCUACAAAACUAACGAGAACGUGGUCCCUUACUCUUCGAAGUCGGUGGAACCCUUGGUUCAUGAGCAUCCCUACUCAAAAGAGUACUUCUGCUGA